GGUUGCACUUCAGAAGUGGCUGUUGAUUAUGUGCUUGAUAUUAUCACUGAGGUAUCUUUUUGUAUUUUUCUGCCGGGGAUGGGCCAGAUUGGGAAGGGCGGUACGAGGGUGGGACUUGGCGUUGGUGUUUUGGAACAUCAAAGAUGGACAGGGUUUUCGCGGAGGUCACUCCUCAGAUAUCUCCACAACUACAGAUCGGGGAUCUUCCAAAAUCGAGAAGAUUGGUGCAUAUGGCUAGGUCUCUUCACCUUACAAUUUGUAUGGCAAUUUGGCCCGGGGUUGUGGUGUGGUAGGGGAGAAUGGGGGAUAAUCCCACGCAGGAGUUCCGAACGACGUCUGGUUCAUGUUUGGCUGGAUAACUCCACCACCACACGGGGUAUGCGGUCGGCGAUGGGGUCAAAAUGCUCGUAUGAUCGAGGGCUUUUCGAUGGAUCUAUCGGCGGGUUCUUAUUCGAAAAAUCGAGCGAGUUCGUGGUGGAGCGGUUUUGUCUGCAGCUCAGUGACACUACUGUCUCUGUCUUCAAUCAAGCUUUCUUAACAGUUAUGAAGACUGCAGCUGCAUCACAAAGACAUUUAUUCACUAGAAAAACAUCAGAAUAA